CUCCGUCAAUCAAUCUAGUAUUCUAAACACAUGCGGUAUCUUCGUCCCCAAUAAAAGCUGCCUUGGCUGCUAUAUGUUUCAAUUUGUAAUAGCAAGCUGCAGCUUUACUAGCAGUCCUCUCUCCUCUGUCGCAUGUCAAUACUUUUCAAGGACCCGACUAAAGUUCGCAACUUCUAGCUUUCCGCCCCCCACUGCAGAGAACCACGGAAUCGUCUCAUCGCACAUCAGUCCAGCAGUUCGAAUUUCUCUGGAAGAAACCGGAUUUGAAAAGGUCGUCUACAUCUGUCUCCGAUGCAUCCAUCACCUCCCAGGCAUCUACUCCGCUUGAAUCCGCAUCAUCAGCCUUCAAAGUCCGUGGAUUGAUACAUUCAAGAAAGUCUUCUCGAAACGUAGAAGCAUUAGCUACUUCAAAGGAUUAUUCAGAAUGCGCGUUCUGUGGGCCUCUUCAUCGACAAACCAUAAAGUGGGA